CAAGGGUGCUUCUCUUUGCUGCGCCCAACUUGUUCCGAGACUCCUAAUCAUUCAAUAAUAACCAAUUGUGCUCUUCAUUUUUUGCUCGUGGUCUCGACAAAGCCUCACGUUAGCCAAGUCGCACAGAAGUUCGAACGACACCAUCCACCGUUUACCAGCAUCACCAGAUGCAGAGAGUUUAACUCGUCGCCACCAUCGUUGCAGCGUCACAGCGCUUGCCGGUUCAGCUUAGCCCAAUUGUCGCGGCAUAAUCACCAGAAUAUUCGUCUCAAGUCGCAGCUGCCAUCAUGUCAGACGUUACCACCGCCAUCACAACAGCCUGUGCCUAUAAGGCUCGGGACGGGGAUAAUAUAGCAAGUACAUCCGGAUCCGACAUUCGACCUGACGUCGAACCCCGAAGACGACGACACUCCUUCUUCAUUCCCAGGAGACGAUCCAUUGUUGGCCAUAUCAUGGAUGGCGAAGAGGGUCUUCUUCUCAAAGUCGACCUUUUCCUCUCGGAACUCGAGCGUCGGCUUGAUUUUAUUGAGAACUAUGUUGAUUUGAGUAAGGACUCCAGCAUCUCCCGUACCUUCUCUACACUUCAGGCUGUUCGUUCGAGAUGUUCCCACGCUUCUGAGGAAGUCCUUGGUGCAGGACGACGCCGUUUACAUAUUAUGGUCGAUACUCUAGAGGCAAGAUAUAAGGAGACCUUAGAGGCCGCCGAGUCGCUGAAUGAGAAGGCUCACGUUGGAGUCGAUUUACUUGAAAACAUGCUCUCUGAUUUCGAAACUAGAGCCUACAAAUUGCGUGAGCAGGGCUUCGCAAACGCCGCCAACGCUGCCGAGGCUUUCAUGGAUGAGGGACGCCGAGUUGCCAACGAAGGAAUCGAGCGUGCCAUUCAAGCCGCUCUUUCACUGGAGGAGCACAUUCAACAAGCUAUCGUUCUGGCCAAGGAAGGGCGCCUCCUCUCCUACGAUGACCUCCCCUCACCUUGGCGAAACAACCCUCACAUCCACAAGGGUUACCGUUUCACUGAAUCCAAACUCGAAUGCGUACGCUCAGCCUUUAAUCUUUCCAAUGAGCUAGUCAACAUCUGGUCCCAUGCACUGGGUCUUAUUUUGGUCCUCGCGAUCGCGCUUUAUUUCUACCCAAAUACUGCCAACUUUACACUCAGUACUAAGUCCGAUGUGUUCGUCGCGGGCGUUUUUUUUGUUAUGGCUUGCCUCACUUUGGUUUGCUCAACGGUUUGGCACACUAUGAAUGCUGUUGCAGAUGUCGAUGCCAUUUCAAUAUUUGCCUGCGUGGACUAUACCGGCAUUUCUCUGUUGAUUGCUGCCUCAAUCAUGACGACUGAAUACACAGCCUUCUACUGCGACCCUGUCAGUCGAUACGUCUAUAUGGGCUUAACAGCUUUCCUCGGAAUUGGAGGCGUCAUUCUCCCGUGGCAUCCUCGCUUUAAUGGUGCUGACAUGGCAUGGGCGCGAGUCGCUUUUUUUGUUGGCCUUGCCUUGACCGGGUUUAUGCCUAUGGUUCAGCUUGGGUGGACUCACGGACUCGACUUCGUGUACAACUUCUACUCGCCAAUCUCCAAGUCGAUGCUCGUGUACUUUACGGGCGCAGUUGUUUACGCCAGUAAGAUCCCCGAAAGGUGGUUUCCUGGCUGCUUUGACUAUGUUGGUGGAAGUCAUAACCUCUGGCAUGCCGCAGUUCUCGGAGGCAUCCUCUUCCAUUACUCGGCCAUGCAAACCUUCUUUGCCAACGCCUUCCACCGAGCAGAAGCUGGCUGCCCUUCAUACUAAAUCAUUAGGGGGUGCUGGAUGGGCCUUCACUGACCAACCCAGAACGGGCCAACAAGUUUCUCAGCCCCCUCGAAGCGUGCCAAAUGUUUGGCUGAUUCUGUUAAGUCUUGCUCGGCUUGGCCCGCGCCGUUUGGAUCUUGCUAUGGUUAGUUGCAUGCUCUACUAGAGUUGAUCUCAGCGUGACCCCUAUGGCAAGACUCUAAUC